CUCGCCGAGCUCGACUGCAUCCUCGCGCUCGCGACUGCCGCCAUUGAGCACAAGCUCGUCCGCCCACGCGUCGUCGAUGGCGCGCAGCUCGACCUCAAGGGUGCGUGGCACCCUCUUUUGCACGCGGCGCAGCAGCUUGUGCCGAACGACUGCCGCCUCUGCGCUCCGGGCGAGCCCGAGGCGGCGGAUCGGAUGCUGCUGCUGACGGGGCCAAACGCGAGUGGCAAGACAGUCUACCUUCGCAUGGUUGGAAUCACCUGCUUCCUGGCGCACAUUGGGUCGUUUGUGCCCGCCGAAUCGGCGACGGUCGGCCUCACGGAUGCGAUCUUCACGAGGAUGGUGUCGCGCGAGUCGACGCUCGCAAACGCCUCCGCCUUCAUGGCUGACCUGACGCAGAUGAGCAACAUGAUGCGCCACUCCACCCGCCGUUCACUCUGCCUCGUCGACGAGUUUGGAAAGGGGACCAAUGCGCAGGACGGCAUCUCCUUCCUGUACGCGUGCCUGCGCCACUUCCUCGACCGCGGCCGCGAGUGCCCCCGCCUGCUCGCGUGCACGCACUACACGGAGCUGCUCGAGCUGCCCGAGCUGGUCGACCGACCGGGCCUCAGCCUCUGGACGAUGCAGGCGAGUAAGAAGACCGAGGCGGACGACACGCUCGACGACGUCAUCUUCCUCUACCGCGCCAUCCCCGGCCGGUCCGAGGGCUCCUUCGCGUACCACUGCGCGGCGGCGGCCAACGUGCCCCGCGCCGUCAUCGACCGCGCGGUGCAGGUCUCGCGCCUCCGCGACGCGGGCGAGCCCGUCCACGCGAUGGACCGCUCCGAGGCGGACGCCGCCUCCGAGCGGCGCCCCAGCUGCCUCUUGGGCGAGGCACCGUGGUGA